UAGUUAAAAGACAGAUGUGUGAUUGCUGAUUAAAAAUGUAAAGCAGAAAAGUGCUUUGAAAGCACUUUUUUCCUUUUCGUGUUUGUGAUAUUCGUGUAUUUGGACAGUAAGGGACGCUGUUGGUCAGAGAAACUAGUAUUCAGUGCUGAUUUGGUGGAGGCAGAGGCUUCCUUUUUCCCGUUUGCUGAGGAUCGAAAAUAAACGGUGGGCUUCGCAUUCAAAGCUGCAGUCACAAAUCCGUUAAGAGCAAGGACUUAAAAAUCAAAGGAUACUGGAUAUAACAGCCUUUGUUCUUUGUGGAUCGUUUACAAGAGGAUUUUGUGCAAUUUUCGUUUUUUGUGUGUGCAAUGGCGUUUAAAAGCUCGCCUCUGUCGUGUGUAAAAUGGCGUUUGAAUUUCAGGUCAGUAUGGCCCUUUCUGCUGUUUCUGGGCUGUCUCAGUCACAUCGUGUUUGGACAAAUCAGGUAUACAAUCCCAGAGGAGCUGAAAAGGGGCUCUCUUAUUGGAAAUGUAGCUCAAGACGUCGGUCUGGAUGUGCAAAGGCUUCGUUCUGGCCGUGCCCGUAUUGUGACCAGACAAAGCAUCCAGUUCACGGAGCUGAAAACAGACAAAGGCAUUUUAGUCGUGAACGAGAGGAUAGACCGAGAGCAGCUUUGUGGAGACGUAACACCGUGUAGCUUCAGCUUUGAGGUUAUUUUAGAAAAUCCCAUGGAGCUACACCGAGUAACAGUAGAGAUAACUGACAUAAACGACAACUCUCCGACAUUUAGGAAGGAAGAAAUGAAAUUUGAAAUUAGCGAGUCUGCGACACUGGGAUCGCGAUUUUUAUUGGCCAGCGCCGAGGACGCAGAUGUGGGCAGUAAUGGUCUACAAAAAUACAUAUUAAACACAAAUGACAUGUUUGAUCUGAAACAACACUCAAGUCCAGAUGGUAGAAAAUAUGCUGAGAUGGUGUUACAAAAACCGUUAGAUAGAGAAAGUGAGCCAAAAAUAUCACUGAAGCUCAUCGCUAUAGACGGUGGAACUCCGCAUAGAUCUGGUACUGUAAAUAUAGAUAUUACAGUGCUGGAUGCUAAUGAUAACCCUCCAGUGUUUAACCAGUCUCUCUACAGGGCUGCCGUUUUGGAAAAUUCAUUAAGAGGUACCUACAUCACGACAGUGAAUGCAAGCGAUGCAGACAUCGGGUCAAACGGUCUUGUUACAUAUAGAUUUUCAAACAUGAAAGAACAGCUGGCUGACAUAUUUCAUUUAGAUGAAUCUAUGGGAACUAUAACACUCGCAGGGCACCUAGAUUAUGAAAAAGAAAAGAAACACGAAAUUAUGAUUGAAGCUACGGACCAAGGAGGUCUAACAGAUUCGAGCAAAGUUCUAAUUGAGAUUAUAGACGUCAAUGAUAACGCACCAGUUAUGAAUGUGAUGUCAUUCUCCAGUCCUGUGCCGGAAGAUUCUCCCUCUGGCACCACAGUCGCAAUAAUAAACGUAAUAGAUGCAGACUCAGAACAAAAUGGUCAAAUUAGCUGCGCAACAAACAGCGCUCUCCCGUUUAAAGUGAAAUCCACAAUAACUAAUUACUAUGCAUUAAUAACAGUGUCAGCUUUUGACAGGGAACUUGAACCUGAGUAUAACAUAACUGUAAGGGCGAGUGACUCAGGAACACCAUCCUUGUCAAGCACAACAGUUUUACGACUGAGAAUUUCUGAUGUUAAUGACAAUGCGCCAUUAUUUGAUAAAAACAGCUACCUUGCUUACAUUACAGAAAACAAUUCCCCGGGAAUGUCCAUAUUUUCGGUCAGCGCACGAGACAGUGACUGGAAUCAAAACGCUAGAAUAUCAUAUUUUCUCGAAGAAACACAGAUCAGUGGCAAUCCAACCUCUUCUUAUGUGUCCAUUAAUGCCGAAACUGGAACUAUUCACGCAGUUCGCUCAUUUGAUUAUGAACAACUUAAAGAGCUUACGUUUUUGGUCAGAGCACAGGAUGGAGGCUCUCCUCCACUCAGCAGCAACGUGACUGUGAAAAUAAUGAUCCAGGACCAGAACGACAACCCCCCUCAGGUUCUGUACCCAGUCCAGACUGGUGGCUCUCUGGUGGCUGAAAUGGUGCCUCGUUCAGCAGAUGUGGGCUAUCUGGUGACUAAAGUGGUGGCUGUUGAUGUGGACUCUGGACAGAAUGCCUGGCUCUCCUAUAAACUGCAGAAAGCCACAGACAGGGCGCUGUUUGAAGUGGGCUUACAGAAUGGAGAAAUCAGAACUAUCCGCCAAGUCACUGAUAAAGAUGCUGUCAAACAAAGACUGACUGUUAUAGUGGAGGACAACGGGCAGCCCUCUCGUUCAGCUACAGUCGUUGUUAACGUGGCGGUGGCGGACAGCUUCCCUGAAGUGCUGUCGGAGUUCACUGAGUUGACACACGACAAGGAGUACAAUGACAACCUGACUUUUUACUUAGUCUUGGCUCUGGCUGUAGUUUCCUUCCUCUUCAUCACGUGUUUAGUGGUUAUUAUAUCAGUCAAAAUCUACAGGUGGAGACAGUCUCGCAUCCUGUAUCACUCCAACCUGCCUGUCAUUCCAUAUUAUCCACCACGUUACUCAGACACUUUGGGGACAGGGACUCUGCCACAUGUGUACAAUUACGAGGUGUGCAGGACGACUGACUCCAGAAAGAGUGACUGUAAGUUCGGCAGAGCUGGUAGUCAGAACGUGCUGAUAAUGGACCCCAGUUCUACAGGAACGAUGCAGCGGAUACAGAGUGAAAAGAGCAUCCUGGAUGAACCAGACUCUCCUCUAGAGGUUAGUUUUUCCUUUUCAGCGCUCUAGCUUAGUGGCACAGUAAGUUUUCGUUUUCAGCACCAUGGACAGUACACUUACUUUCCCUCAGUUGACAUAGUUUUUGC